UCAAACGGGAGGAAAUGAGGCCGGUUUGAGGUGCACACGCGCGCGCACGCAGGUCCGCACCUCCUGCUGCGUGUCAUCAUCAUCAGUGACAGGAAGCAUCUGUCGCCGCUCUUCUUCUUCUUCCAUGUCGCGUUGUUGUAUGUCGUAUUAGAGCAGCUGCCACAUGUUCUACACCUAAAUCUCACAAGAGGACGAAAAAAAACUGGAUAAUUGUCGGUUCUUUCAUUAUUUUGCUCAUGCACACGGCUGCCGUAAAUUGGCGAGUUUGAAUGUUAUUAUAAAAGAUACACAUAUUUAAAUAAUAAGACCUGGAGAUGAGUUCUGCAGGUGUGGGCUUCACCGAGGACCUGCGGCAAGACAUCAGCCAGGAGGAGUUGGACUUCUCCGACCUGUUUCUGUAUCCACCUGGGGAGGACUUUCCUGUGGGCUGUGAUAAAGAUGACUCAGGUGCUCUCCUUCAGAGCGACAACCAGCCUCCUCUGCUGGUGGUGGACCAUCUCACCGCGUACAUCUCCAGCUCCAAUCAGCCAGCCUCCAGUCAGGACGCCUCCUCUCACAGCCCAACCACAGCAAACCUGUCCGGGGCUGUGUUUGACACCCUGGGGCUGGCUUCGAGACCCGGGACCAUCCCUGCUCCCAGCCCCAGGAUUGAGAUCACUCCAUCUGGGGACUCUCUCACCUCUCAAACCCUCAAGCUGAGCCCUGGCACCAAAGCUCUCGGGGCCUACAGGGAGUGUGUGAGCCCUGCCAGCAGUAACUCCUCCACGGGCUGGCCUGUAGAGGCAUACUCUCCUUUGGCUUCACCCAGCAUCUCCCCAUCUAAUGGAGGCAUGGGGUUGUCCAGCUUAGACCUCUGCCCGGGCCUCCAGGGCAUCCACACGUCUUCUACCCACUCCUCCCCAGGAGCCUCACCUCGCAACAGCGUCACGGACGAGACCUUUCUCGUGCCCCAGCACCAACGCACCGCCUCAUCACUUCUCCACCAACGCUCCCGCUCUGUCUCGCCGCAUGGGAAGCGCUCCUAUGACCUGGCCCACUCCUGUCAGGGGGCCACUCCAGUCAAGCAGCGCUCCCGGAGCCCCAGCCCCAUCCCCUCGCUCCAUGAGCACCAGAGGUCCUACUACAUCCAACAAUACCAGGCCCAAGCGGAGAUCCAGCCCCAAACUCAGACCUCCUGCCCGGGCCUAGAGGAGAUGCUGAACAGCCUCAGCUCCAGUCUACCAAGAGCGACACCUUACGUGAUGGUGCGAGAUGCACACGGGCCGCCCCAGAGACAGGACUGUGUGUAUGGAGAAGGGUAUGAGCGGGCCAUUGAGCAGGAGAGGAUGAGCAGGGCAGGAGCCGAGGUCAAGUCUGAAACCUUCUACAUGCUCCCAGCUGUGUGGCCUUCUCCUCAUCCAGUCCACCACAGAGCACUCGGAGGACUGUGUGCGGCUCCACUUCCGUCUUUAGAGUGGCCGCUGCCCGGUCAGUCUGCUCAGUACGAGCUUCUCAUCCAGCAGGAGCCCAGAUCUCACCACAGGGCUCACUAUGAGACGGAGGGCAGCCGCGGAGCUGUGAAGACACCUAACGGAGGGCAUCCGGAAGUUCAGCUCCGCGGGUACCAAGGCACAGCUCCACUGGGGCUGCAGGUGUUCAUCGGGACGGCCGACGAGAGAAUCCUGAAACCUCACGCCUUCUACCAAGUCCACCGCAUCACUGGGAAGACCGUCACCACACCCAGCAUGGAGAGGAUGAUCAACGGGACCAAAGUGUUGGAGAUCCCUCUGGAGCCGAAGAACCACAUGAGAGUGAUGUUUGACUGUCUAGGAAUCCUGAAGUUGAGAAAUGCCGACAUUGAACUGAGGAACGGUGAGACGGACAUUGGACGAAAGAACACACGCGUGCGUUUGGUGUUUCGCGUCCACAUUCCUCAACCUGGAGGCCAACUGGUGUCUCUUCAAGCUGCCUCUCAUCCUAUCGAAUGCUCCCAGCGCUCAGCUCAGGAGCUCCCUGCAGUCGAGAGGCAGGACCUGGACCGAUGCUCAGUGCUGGGGGGUCAACAAAUGGUCCUCACAGGACAGAAUUUCACAACUCACUCCAGAGUGAUAUUCUCAGAGAAGACACAAGGUGGUGAGCAAAUCUGGGAGGUGGAAGCCACCGUCGACAGAGACAAAACACAAGCUAACAUGCUCUUUGUUGAGGUUCCUCCGUAUCGAAACAGGACCAUUUCCAACCCAUCCAAAGUCAACUUCUACGUCGUCAACGGGAAGAAGAAACACAGUCAGCCUCAGCACUUCAUCUACACUCCUAAUAUAGCCAUAAAAGCAGAACCACUGGACGACUACCAGUUGAAUUCAUACAUCUACUCAGACAAUCAGUCCCUGUCUGGCCUGUCAAUGAAGUCGCUUUACCAUCACCUGGAUCAGGAAAGAAACCUUCAAUCUUUGAAUGUUUCUCCAACAACGUAUCAUCUAACCACUGUGGACCCCAGAGCCCAUGUCUUAAUCCCUGAUCCGCUGGACGACCAGCCAGUUUAUUAUCAGCACAGAGCCAACACUCUGACCAACAACCCCGCGCUUUACCACACUGCAAAUCAACGUUACAGCAACUGUGGUACCGCCCUGCAUGGUUCCCCGAUGGCUUCCCACCCUACCUCCGCUCCCAGCCUGUGUGUCAGUGUCAGAACCCCGAUGGCCAAACUGGGCGAAGGUCCUCAAGUUGGUGAUUCAUUCAAGGCAUGUGUGGUGUCAAGACAUCAGAGUUAUAUGCAGGCAGCGCUGCCCCUAGGAAAGUCUCCACCUUCAGGAUACAUCCAAGCUCAAGCUCAAGGAAAGGCUGGAAGCCGAGUGGAGCCUCUGACCCAGAUCGACUCUGGUAGAGGAAACCACGAGGAGCGAGCUCCAGAGGGGGUCACGGUCAAACAAGAGAAUCUCCGCUAUGCUUACCUGGAGGAUGUGAAUGACAUCAUAAGAAGAGACAUGAAAGGCCACAAUGGAGAGUGACCCUGGAGGCCUGAUGUCCAUCAGAUCAAGCAUAUGUAAAAUAUAAAAUCCUGAAUGUCUUGGAGCAAGCUUGUACUUGUAAGGCCUAUAUGUUGACUUUAGACUUUUUAGCCUCAGCAAUGAUAGAAGACAACAUGUGUUAUACCUUAUAUUGUGUAUCUAUUGUGUGUUUAUUUUAAUCUCUUUGACUUAUCUUUGUUCAUUCAUUUGUACAAUUGCUCUUCGUAAACAUGUGUAAAAUAUUUUAUAAUA